GCUGGGGAAGUGAAGUUUAACAGGGACGGUCCCAUGCAGCUUUCCAGCCGUUUCAUUCCCGUCGGGUCGGGUUUUGGACCCAAUUGGAUACAUUUUGCGGCAGCUUGGAGCAUUGCAGCAACGCUCAACUUCAGGCUCUAGGGCUGUAGUGCGGUGAAUUUGCAGCCAUGGGCCGCGUGAUCCGUGGCUCGCGUAAGGGUAAGUCCCUGAUCUUCACAGCGAAGACCAGACUCAGGAAGGGUGCCGUGAAGCUGCGCGCCGUCGACUUCGCCGAGCGCAAGGGCUACAUCAAGGGCUUGGUGAAGAACAUCCUGCACGACCCUGGCCGUGGAGCUCCUUUGUGCGAGGUGGUCUUCCAUGACCCGUACCGCUACAAGCUGAAGAAGGAGCUGUGGGUGGCUGUGGAGGGCAGCCACUCCGGGCAGUUCGUCUACUGCGGCUCGAAGGCCCAGUUGGCUGUGGGAAAUGUCCUGCCGCUUGCAAAGAUGCCAGAGGGAACGGUGAUUUCUAUGUGUGAAGAGAAGGCAGCUGACCGUGGACGCUUUGCUCGUGCCUCGGGGACAUCGUGCAUGGUGGUGGGCCAUUCUGAUGAUGGUCGCAAGACGCGGGUUCGCUUGCCUUCGGGAAGCCGCAAGAGCCUGCCUUCCACAUGCCGAGCCAUCGUGGGCAUCGUGGCGGGUGGCGGCCGCAUGGACAAGCCGGUCUUGAAGGCCGGCAACAAUCACCACAAGUACCGCGUGAAGAGAAACAGCUGGCCAAAGGUUCGCGGUUCGGCCAUGAACCCGGUGGAGCAUCCUCACGGAGGAGGAAACCAUCAGCACGUGGGGCACCCCACCACGGUGGCCCGCUCUGCCGUGCCUGGCCAGAAGGUGGGUCUGAUUGCAGCCAGGCGCACAGGUCUGCUCCGAGGAGGCCAGAAGCUCAAGAAGUGAGCGUAAGAGAUAUCGUCAAAUCCCAUUUCAGGAGGCUAUGAGUCUCCACUUGCACUUUGAAAUGGUUGAAUGCCAGGCUGAUGUUUCGCUGCCCAAUGCAGGAAAUGAGUUGGAGAAAGCGUGG